CCCCAAAUCCCGUCCAAGAAACCGACCAGGAAGCGAAUGGCGGAAAUUUAGAUCCACCUCACGCUUUCAGCUAACAGUUUUUGGGGCAGAGCUGUUUCUCUCCUAAAUGGAGACGCCAGCAGAGUAGAAGACACAUGUGUUGUUGCUAACAACGGUGGACGGGGUUAAAGAAACGAUGUCUUCGCGUCCAACUACACGGCAGCAUCGGUAACGUGAAUGGACGGAGUGAGUCCUGUCACUGAGAUCCUGACAGAUUAAACACCGAUUUAUGGCCUUGCUCCUCAGCUAGACGAGGGAGACGACGAGAGUAUCAUCAUGUUCCUGAAAGCAUCUUUCACCUCCCUGAUUGUGGGGGUGUUUGUGGUGUACGUGCUCCACACAUGCUGGGUGAUGUACGGCAUAGUGUACACUAAACCCUGCGACAACCCCAAAGAGGACAACUGUAUCACACCCUUCCUGGCAGGGAACCCCAAACUACAGUUGAGUAUCUACACCGCACUGCAACCCAAUGCAGAGGGAGGACAUACUUUGAUCCACAAAGAGGAAUCAUUCGAUGUCAACAGCAAGUUUGAGAGAUCUGAUUGGUCAGAAAGAGAGAAGGCCCAGCAGAGAAAGGUGAAGGUGACCUGGCGCAGCUCCACUUCCAUAGGUUUCACAGAAAAGGAUGCGGAUGAGAUCAAAGGAAUCUUUGUGGACACCAACCUGUACUUCCUGGGUCUGACUUUCUUUGUAGCCGCCUUCCAUCUCCUCUUUGACUUCCUCGCGUUCAAGAAUGACAUCAGCUUCUGGAAGGAGAAGAAGAGCAUGGUGGGAAUGUCCAGCAAAGCAGUGCUGUGGAGAUGUUUCAGCACCAUCGUGAUUUUCCUCUAUUUGUUUGACCAGCAGACCAGCCUGCUGGUCCUCAUACCUGCGGGCAUCGGCUCUAUCAUUGAAGUAUGGAAAGUGAAGAAGGCCUUGAAGAUUCAGGUGGUGUGGAAAGGAGGCAAACCUUCAUUCCAGUUUGGGAAAAUGGAUGAAUCGGAGAGGAGAACAGAACAUUACGAUACUCUGGCCAUGAAGUAUCUCUCUUACCUCCUUUACCCGUUGUGCAUUGGAGGGGCUGUGUAUGCUCUAGUAUUCCAGCGAUAUAAGAGUUGGUACUCAUGGUUGAUCAACAGUUUAGUUAAUGGUGUAUACGCCUUUGGUUUCCUCUUCAUGCUUCCUCAACUAUUUGUCAACUAUAAGCUGAAAUCUGUGGCCCACCUGCCCUGGAAAGCCUUCAUGUACAAGGCAUUCAACACUUUCAUCGACGAUGUGUUUGCCUUCAUCAUCACCAUGCCAACGUCCCACAGACUGGCCUGUUUCAGAGAUGACGUGGUGUUUCUCAUCUACCUCUACCAGAGAUGGCUCUACCCAGUGGACAAAACGAGAGUAAAUGAAUAUGGAGUUUCUUACGACAAAGAACCCAAAAAAGAAAAGACUCACGAGGACUAGUGAGGAGAGACACUUGGAUUCCAUGAUCUCAGUCCAAUGGUAUCCACGGAUUGGUAAUGGUCAUUGGGUAUAAACUGAGCUCCAGGUGAAGAGGCACCUGGAAAAGUGUUUAUGAUCCAGAUCAGUUCAUCGUAAAUGGACCAGCUGCGACACCAAUCCUAUGGUUUUUGACUUUUUCAUUCCGUCCCAUAGUGCAACAUUUUGAAGGGUCAACAUCUGCUUAUCCGCCCUUUGCAGUCUGGAAAGGAUUAUUUUUUACAGCGAGUGAUGGGACAGGGAAAUCAAUAAACCUCUAACCAUUUCACUGACGCAACAAAUCUAGGAACAACGUGAUUGGUCUGUUUGCACCAAUAUGACCAUCUGUUCCUCAGGUCAGACACUGCUCAGCUUUGUUAUGAAAGAGUACACUGAUGACUAUAGCAGCUCUCCUAUAGUAGAUAUAUCUUGCUUUCUCUGCCAUAAGGUCUACUUUUUAGUUUUCCACCAAGCCAGUCACAUUCCUUGUCUAUUGGAGCAGCUCUAUACUGUUGACAUCACUGGAGGUCUUUUUUUACUUACAGUAAUUUACAGCUUUGCAUGUCAGCAAAUAGUCAUUUGGUUGUAUGAUAUUACAUUGGGCUCCCACUUUAAGCAAAAACCACUUCUUAAGGGCCACUUUAGAUAUUGAGUUUCCAAAUUUUAAUUGCAAUGUCAAAAAGUGAUGAUUAGAAUUUGAAAACCUUUUUUUUAAGUUGUAUAUGGCUCUAUUGUUAGCUCAGUUAAUUGUUUCAAAAGCAGCAUUUAAAUGAGAAAUUAUAUAAAGUGGAGCUAAUUAUUUUUGUUAAAAGGAUGUGAACAAUUUGCCAAUUAAAAAUGAUGAAUGUGUAGCCAUUUAAAUUAUUUAUCAUCAAUUAUUAUGAAGACAAACCCAACAUGUUUAAACCCUGGGACAAUUUGUCAUCUUAAAAGUGAGAAUAUGCAUCAAUGAAAUGUUUAAGGUAACAUAAAGUUAGUUACAAAUUGAAAAUGCAUCAUUCUAACUUUUAAGAUAUUUACUUAUGUACUUUCUCACAAGAGUUCAUUCAUUCAAUGGUCAUCGUCUUAAAACAACCGUCUCCUGUCUCUCCUGAUCUGGCCACACACUAAAUGAUGCUGACAUUUUUUAACUAUGACACAGUGGGGUAACGUCGAUAGCCAUACGGUCAUUUCCACCCACUACCGUUUGUGGUUUGGUUUUACCUUCUCAAGUAUUUUUUACAUAUCAGGGCCAAGAAAAUAUGUUGGUGCCAAACUUUUUGAACUUUGAAUGUUCACCAUAAAGGGUCCAUCUGCCGUUUUUAAAUAGAAACUAACAUUGUGAGAUUAACGGUUUAUGGUAAGACUUGAGGAAAGUAUUACUACAAGUUGAUAUACAGUUGCAUUUAGAUUUUUCUGCUAUAAUUCUAAUGUUCUUCUUUUUUUUUUCAAAAUGUGUCUCUGUUUUAUUUUGAUAUAAAGAUUCAUGGAUACAUUUGGUCUGUGCGUAAAUAACUAGCCCAGGGUUUCUUUUCCUUUGUGGGCUGAGAGAGAUUUGCUAUAAAACUACCUUGAAAUGGUUUUACUUAUUGUAAUGUUUAUGUUUUUGAUUGUGAUUAAAUAAAACUGUUGACUGAC